GCGCAUUCUGUUGGCAGUCCUCAACUUGGCCCUAGCCGCCGGCACAAGAGCCGCCCGACGUGAAGUUAAGUCAUCAUCGUAUCAAAACAAAAUAUGGCUGCCACUGAAGUGGGGUGUGAACACUACGUGCGCAGCUGUCGGCUGAAAGCACCUUGCUGUGAGAAGCUCUACGUGUGUAGACUGUGCCACGAUGCUGUAGAAGACCAUCAAAUGGACCGAUUUCAGGUUAAGGAGGUCCAGUGCAUCGUAUGCAAUGCCAUACAAGAGGCGCAACAUUCUUGCAAGGAGUGUAACGUGGAAUUUGGGGAAUAUUAUUGCGGUAUUUGCCAUUUGUUUGACAAGGAUAAGAAGCAGUAUCAUUGCAAACCUUGUGGAAUAUGCAGGAUUGGACCAAGGGAGAAGUACUUUCACUGUGAGAAGUGCAAUCUGUGUUUAGCCAGUAAUCUUCAAGGCAAUCAUAAGUGUGUGGAGAAUGUGUCCAGACAGAAUUGUCCAGUUUGCAUGGAGGACAUUCAUACAUCUAGGAUAGGAGCUGAUGUGCUUCCUUGUGGUCAUUUACUUCAUAAAACUUGCUUCAUAGAGAUGUGCAAAACAGGUGCCUACCGCUGCCCGCUCUGUAUGCACUCUGCUUGCGAUAUGCAGGCUUAUUGGGAAGAGAGGGACAAGGAAAUUGCCCAGUCACCAAUGCCUACUGAGUACCAGGAUGCUACUGUCAAGAUCAUUUGCAAUGACUGCCAAGCUCAUUGCACGGUGCCCUUCCAUGUCCUGGGUUUGAAGUGUAGCGGCUGUGGAUCGUACAACACGGCACAGGACGGGGGACUGAUCCAGCCUCCACAACCAGAGCCUCAAGAGCCUCCGCAGCAGGAUGCGCCCCCCGACCCUUGACCCAUCUCCCUCCUUACCUCCCACGUCAGACUCUGAACGCAAGGACGCACACUCCCUCCGCAGUCACGUAUAAGGUUUGAGAUGAUGCAGAAAAAAACCCAGUUGCUGUGAUCACAAUCUCAGGACACUUAUCAGAAUUUAUGCCCACGAUAAAAGUGAGUAGUAGAGCAUUUCCCCUUUAGAUUUUGUUACCAAUAGAAGUACAUUUACUAUCAGUAAUUGUAGCAUUUAUUAAAUGGCUACAAGCGAUGUUCAGAUAGAAGUGAUGACUGUAAAAAGUGAGAAGAUGGCUAAUUUUGUCUCUAAUCCACUAAUACUAUCGUGAAACACACUGACAAUUACAUAAUUUUAUUAUUUUCAGUACCCGUGCCAGGGAAGCACCUCCACAUGUCUCUUUGUCUGUAUUAUUAAAAUGUUUGUACUCCCCAUCACAAAAAAUAACAUACAUCAGUCCAUCUUUCAUGUUUGUUUAGAGGAUUGCGUAUAUAAAAUGCGAAGAUUAACCAUGGAGAAAAUGGUCACAGAAUACAGUGUCAUGUUGUUACAAAUAAAAGUAACGAUAAUGUAGGAGCAGGGCUUGUGAUGAUCAUGCAUUUCCGUUGACAGUUAUUUAUAGUUGAGUUUCUUUAAUGAAGAAUGUCUCUGCUGCUUUUCCCCUGGUGUCUGCAGGAGCUAUUGAAUCUGAAGGUAUUUGCAUUAAUAAAAAACAGCAAAACAUGCAACAUGAAUUCAGUUUUGAUAACACCUAGAAGAUGUAACAAAUGAAAGAUUUUAAAUUUAAAUAAAGAUUUUAUGCUA